AUGCAACAACAUCAACACGCAACAACAACAGCCCACAAAAACAUCGAUCGGUUAGUUUCAACGAGUGAGGUUGAAACAAAACAAACCAUUGCCAUUCGACUGAAAAAUUUUCUCCUCCGAAGGCCGACCAAGGAAUCAAUCAAGCUAAAGGGCAUAUACAAAGAAGUGGUGUUCGGCUCGUCCAUACAGUCCAUAUGUGAGAGGGAAAAGAGUAAGAUACCUCGAUUCAUCAGAGAGUGCAUGUUGGCUGUUGAGAGCCGGGGCCUAUCAGUGGACGGCAUAUACAGGGUCAGUGGCAACAUGGCCUCGAUUCAAAAGCUCAGAAACAUGGUGGACAUGAAUGAGUAUUACGACCUGUCAGACAGCAUGUGGGACAUCCACACGAUCACAGGCGCUCUCAAGUUGUUCUUCAGGGAGCUCUCUGAACCCCUCUUUACAUAUGCACUCUACGAUGAUUUCAUUAAGGCAUUACACAAUUUGAACCAGAUAAAGGAGCUCAUAAAGAAGCUACCAGUCACCAAUGGAAAAACGCUUAAAGCCUUGUUCCGACAUUUGGACAUCGUGCUUCAACACAGCAAAGACAAUCGAAUGCAAUCUCAGGGGCUUGCCAUCGUCUUCGGACCCACCCUUCUCUGGUCAGACAGGAAGGUUGCAGACGCCAACAUGGCAUUCGACAUUGUUCAGAGGGGCCAGCUCGUCGAGUUCAUCAUCAAUAAUUGUCGGGCCAUCUUUGGAUGA